UUGCAACUAUUAUGUUAAUCACUGAAAUCUUAGUGUACUAAUUGCUCGCUAUAAGCUAGGUUAUUGCGCCCCUAAACCAACGUACUGACAACGCUACCUCCCCGGAACUCAAACUUUAACCGGGCAUGACUUGGUACAUCCAGUGACCCAGCAAAAAGUAGCCUCGGUACAGCCAGAAGUAGCAACAAAUCGCAAAAGGGGAUCCUUGUCUGACUGGUGGCUGGACCACAUGGCCAUGAACCUACAGUCACUUUUUCCUCUCGUCAUCCCACAGAACAUCGCGAAGACUGAGUAUGAAGGAUAUAUUGGCAUUGCUGGCUCACAGUAUCGUAUUCAUAUCAAAAUACCCUUGAAUGGAUGUCUGAAGAACCUGACGUUCCAGUGUGAUUGGAAGUUGAGCCAUGCACUCCUAGGACAUCAGCAACUUCUGAAACAGAGGCUGAACCAGUCCAAGAGUUUAGUUGAAUUCCUUAUUGAAUUAAAAGCAUUAGCUGGGAAGUCACUAGAGAAAGAACAGUUAACAUCAGUGAAGUUUGAAGCAACGCCUCUCUUCUACAACAGAAUCAUUUCAGAGGUGGAACAAAUUGGAUGGAACAAUUUAAUCCAUGUUGACGCAUCAUUCCAAGACAUCCAGUUUGAAGCAAGGGAUAUAAAAGGUCGAAAGCACUUGAUCAAGUUGCAGCUGCCACGCCAGUAUCCUGACGAAGCUCCAAAGUGCACCACCUUCCUACCCUUGCUAUUUGAGUUGAGAUGGUCCAAGAACAUGUCUUUGUGGAACUUGUAUGACCAGUUUUGUCGGUGCUUAUCUCUGCAUCAAGAAUUCUGGGAUAUCGUUGACGAAAUUGACAAGAAGACUUGGGUUCUGGAACCAGAUGUCCCACGGCCUGAUAUCAUCAGUCGCAGGAUAGCACUAGGUAACAGCAGUUCUUUACAGAUCAAGAUUGAUCCCAGACAUCCACGAUCUCUGCCCGAAUGUAAAUUCCUUGGAGCUGACCAGGUGAUCAACCCAAUGAGAAAGUCAUUGAAUUCAAACUUGGAUCAAUGGGAUCCCAGUAACUCUUUGCUGACAAACUUGGAGAAUCUCUUGGGCGUGACUUUCCCGUCUCCAACCAACACCAAGAAAGAGGACUUCAGUGUUGAAUGUGGUAUAUGCUAUGCUUAUCGUCUGGAAGAAGAGUUACCUGACAAAGCAUGUAACGAUACCAGGUGUGGCCAACCCUUUCAUCAGACCUGUUUAUACGAGUGGCUGAGAGCGAUCCCGAAUAGUAGGCAGAGUUUCAAUAUCGUAUUUGGGGAAUGUCCAUACUGCAGCAAGCCAAUCACAGUCAAGAUGCCUACACCAAAAUCAUGACCUCAAGACAAGUUCACAAGGAGAUGCCUCCUCACAACAGACAUGACUCUCGGCUGUGAUACGCAUUAUAUCAAGCGAUACAUAUUUUGACUUGAUCUGAUCUGGAAUAGGAUUCUGAAGGGGCUGCCUUUAGAGUUGACUCGGACUUGACAAUGUGAGCAGCAAGAAUCUGUGGUGUCAGUGUAAGUUUGCUAGUACGCAGUCAGAACAGCUAUCGUGGGAUUCUGUGGAAAUGUCUGAUUGAUCAGUCCAUUUGGACAUUGUAGUAUUUGUUACAACUUCUGUUGAUUUGAAUAAAUACACAUGAGAUAAUUGGUUUUUA